AUGGCGAACAACUCGGGGAUCCGAAGUAGUCAGCGGAGGUGUUGUGAAGUGAAGUGUUGGAAUAACCGACUAGGAAAUAAUUCAAAACUUAUUUCCACGACCCAUGUCCCAUUGCUUAAAAUCUCGAAGCGUGUGAAGAGCCAAAGUACCAACAAAUCGCAAUUUUCGCGGAUGGUUGAAGUUCUCGAACAGCACCCGGAUGUAGCUAAAGGGUUUUCAAAAUAUGAUGGUGCACCGGUUUGGGAUCAAAUUGCCCAGGAUCUGAAUAGCCUUGGCCCUCCAGAAAAAGACUCAACAGCCUGGAAAAAAGUAUGGUCUGAUCUAAAAUCUAAUUUAAAAAAGAAACUAUCGCAUAACCGCCAAGAGCAACGGGCAACUGGAGGUGGCCCGAAUAAGAUGUGUCUGCUCACGGAUCUCGAAGAAAGGAUUGCCGCAUUGGCCGGCUUGACACCAGCCGUCGAGGGCAUCGAAGGAACUUCAUCGUUUGGUAUUGCAAGUGAAAACAUCAGUGGAAUUGCCAAUGAUGCUUCAGUGGAGCUUGCUUUAUCAGACGAAGAAGAAACACAAGAAGAUACCCGUCGAGAAACUACCCGCCGGAAGAGGCCAUUAAAUCAAAGUAUGGAAUUGUUGAAAGAACAAGUCCAGCAACAAGGACAAUUUCACGGCGAUGUUUGGAGCUGUCGAGCCCCGAGUAUGCAGCGAAAUCUAUUUUUAAGAACUCCAAUUGUCCGUUCAAUUAUUCCCCUAGCUAAGCUAUGCUUGCUGUUGAAGGUACUUUCGAGAGAUCCUGAUUGUGGGGAUCUAUGCGGUGUUAUGAGCCAUGGUUCAGCAGGAUAG